AUCCAGCAGGUAAAAUCAGUGUCAGUGGGCUCCCCUUUGCCAAAUAUAGGUUAUCACAACACACAGGCUCGCUCCCUCUCUCCGGAGUGUACCAUCGCACGCAUGAAUUUUAACUUGUGCGAUGAAAGCUGGAGAUGAAUACUUCAUCUCUGACCCACAUAAUGGCGAUAUAUCAGGCUCGAUGAGCGGAGCUCCGUCGUGUUACAGCCGGCUCCUCCGCUGAGCGCUCCCCGGUGCGGUGGGAGCUGUCAGCGGCGCGCCUCGCCUCAGCUCAGCUCGCCUCGCCUCGCCUCCCAUCUUCUUCCGCCUGGAUCCCGCUCCCCGCUCCAUCUCGCUUCCAGGAAGAGGUGAGGAGGGAGAGAAGGAAGGAGAAGCAGGCGGCACACCGAGAGAGGGGCGACGGAAGCGGAAAAAGUAAUUGAAUCAUAGUGCUGAGAAAUCAUCCAAGGGUUUCCUGCCUGGGAUUCCAUCCUGGGGGUACAGCCCUCCGUGAGGCGGCAGAGCAUCCCCAGGAGAGGCGAGUUCAGCCUGGCCUAUAAGUGAUCAAACACUCCCACCACUCAACUCUGCUUCACCUCACCAAUAACGGACCUCCCCCUCAACCUGGGGCCUUAACUCCAGUCUCCCGCCCCCCUACACCUCCAUCUUCAGCUCAUCUGAGCCCCUCCUGAUCAGUCCUCCACCAAAUCUUUCUUGACUCUGGCCCUCCUCCUUCCUCGUCCCUCUCUCUCUCUCUGUGAGACAUGGCAGUACCUUCAGCCCACGAGUUUCACUGGCAGAACCUAGCACGACUGCCCAGCGGACGUGUCUACCAUAAUCUGUCUGAGGUGGGAGGGCAGAUGUACAUGCUAGGGGGAUGUGACGCCGCAGGGAGGCCCUGCCCAACCCUGGAGCUCUACUCCCCUGAGGGGGAUCGCUGGAUAAGCUUACCUCCCAUGCCCACCCCUCGCGCUGGUGCAGCUGUGGCAGUGCUGGGAAAGCAAAUCCUGGUAGUGGGAGGAGUGGGGGAGGACCAGAGCCCCCUGAAGGUGGUGGAGAUGUACAACACAGAGGAAGGGAGGUGGAGAAAGAGGAGUGCUCUGCGAGAAGCCUUGAUGGGUGUCUCCAUCACUGUGAAAGAUGGCCGGGCUCUGGCUGUGGGGGGAAUGGGUGCUGACCUGCUCCCUCGUAGCAUCCUUCAGCAGUACGACCUUCGAAAGGACGUGUGGGCGCUACUUCCUCCCAUGCCGACCCCUCGCUACGAUGCCAACACACAUCUGCUUGCCAACAAACUCUAUGUUGCAGGCGGUCGUCAGUGUAAGCGACCAGUGAAGGCGUUUGAGGUGUAUGACACAGAGACACGUUCUUGGACUACUCUACCCAUGAUGCCGUGUAAACGUUCGUAUGGUGGUGUGAUAUGGGACCCAACUGGGAGACUGUGUCUACUCGGAGGGCUGCGGCAGGGAGGAGGACACCAGAGCUCCAAAUUCACCAAGAAUGUCAACAUUUUUGACUCCAACCAAGGAGUGUGGUUGAAGUCGGAGGAGACGGUGGCGAUGAAAACAAAGAGAGCUGACUUUGCUGCUGCUUUCCUGCGUGGAAGGAUGGUGGUAGCUGGAGGACUUGGUCAUGAACCCUCGGCCCUGGACACAGUGGAGGCUUUUCAUCCUCAGAGAAAGAAGUGGGAGAGGUUGGCUCCCAUGACCUUCCCCAGAUGCUCCACCUCCUCCAUCAUCAUCAGAGAUCGCCUGCUGGUGGUGGGAGGAGUCAACCAGGUUCCCAGCUCUGCCCAUGAGAUCCUCUAUGUAAAAGAAGAAGAGUAUCUGUAGCCUGUUGUAAUUAACACCAGGUGAAUGCAGCACAUCAGUGAUUCCUCUUCCUCUUCUCUGUCCAACCCUCCUGAAUUUGACUGCGGUGCAAUAUGUAGAAACACCAGAGAAAUGGAGUCAGAGUGAAAGGCCCUGUUUCUGUGAUGUUAUGUUACAGAGAACAGUGCCCCCUGCUGGGCUGGACUGACACUGAGACCCACAUGUAAGCACACACAUGCACAAUGGAGGAGCUGGCUCUUUCUUUCUUUCUACCGAGUUCUGUUUCUUGAUACUCUUAGUGUGUGACACUUCUGCGUUGUAUGUUGUCCUGCAUACAUGGAGAAGAACUUUUGUAGCUUCUAUGUCUAGUAAUGUAGACAGGAAAUAUAUUGAUGACCUAUUUUAUGGCAUAUAUGCAUUUCAGUUUUGGUUUUAUGUCUUUGUGAGUGUGUUUAUUUGUGUGCAGCUUGCCAACAAGUGAGCAUUUGUAGGUAGUGGGAUUUUAAUUUAACGACAGAGUGCAAUAAUUGUAUAUUAUUUAAUAUAAUCUAGCAAAAAAAUAUGAAAACCCACUAAAAGGUGGGUAAUGUUUAUCCCCAUUGCCGGAGUAAAUCUUGACAAUGUUUCUGCAAAACACAGAUAUGUUAAAACUUCUUAUUUCUUUAGGUUCCAUUUUCAAUGUCUUGUUGUGACACCGUUGUGCUUUUGCUCUGGUUAGGGUUUAGCCACAAAAACUACUUGGUAAGGUUAAGAAAAAUCAUGUUUUAGUCACCACAAACAUGCUAGAAAUUCUGCUGAAGUCUACUUAAAAAUACCCAGCGGUUUCACACUGACAAAUGUUGAAAAAGUCUUUAACUGCGGUCACUGGCCUCUCCGCCCUCUCGCCUGCAACUCCACCACCAGCCCCUCCACCUCCUCAUAUGACAGUAGGAUCAUAAACAUCAUCUGAACACGACGCAACACAUUUUGUCACACACAAAUACAAACGCAUCAGUGGUUUGCAGAAACGUUUGCUGCCAACAUUUUCUUUUGUCGACUGGGCUGUAAUGUAUGUUAAACUGUACUGUAACAAGAUUUGCACUAAAGCAAUUAACACUGAGUGGGAGUUGACUUCAACAUCAAUAAUUUUCGAGUGUAAUGUGUCGUAGUAAUUACACUGAGAAUGCUGUACUAUCACUCAUCCGUGCUGUUGCAGUGCACAUCUGUGGGUGUGAUCAUAUAUAUUAUUUAAUACAUGAAAAGAAACUAUAUUAAAUGACAAUAUGGUGUUAGUUGAAGUAAUUAGCAGACUUCUGUUAAAGACAAAGAAGCAGAUCCAGAUUGACUUUAAGCGACUGUACAUGUUAUUCCUGCAGCAAUACAACCUCUUUUUGUUAGUGUUUCAUCCGUGCAACAUGUACAGUGUUGUAGUGAUCAUCAGUUAAUAACACCACACUCAGGUUGUGCUGGUACCGACUUGUUUUUGUGACUUCAGUGGCGCUGACUGACCAUUAUGUUUGCUUUCAUAGUAGUCAACGCGAUCUCUUGUCUGCUGUUGUGCAACAGGCACCAAGCUGUGAAAUAUUUCUUUGUAUGAAAUUUCUCCUCUGAAGAUUUUAUUUCAUGCUGCAACAUGAUCGAUAUCUGACAGUCAACCAUGUCAUGUGAUGCUGAGGAUAUGCGUAGUCAUAUGCAAUGGAAUAAAUUGGAUUUGUGGUUUGUAUUGCCCUUCUUGUCCACUAGAUGGCAGUGAUUGCACAUGAAUCCACACAAGAGCUUGCCAUAUCUUCACUGGCGACAGCAUUGUGGGAUUCUCUAGAGCGAGCAUACAGUGAAAGUGUAUUAUUACACCUGCAGGUAUGUCAGAUCAUUUACUUAUUUUUUUUAUAGCGAUGACACUUCCUCAAGUUAAGUUUAAUUAUUCAUAAACUUUGAAUAUGACCUGAUAAGUAAUGCAGCGAUAGGAGAGACUAAAUAAUUGUACUUUUGUUCGUGCAUGCAGCUGUAAUGAUGAUUGCUGACAGUGUAUCGUGAUUGGACAGGUUACUGUUCUUACUUAAUUAUCACAUACCAUAGAGAUGUUUGUUUUUUGUCUUUUGAGAUCGAUUUCUGUGGUGAAACAAGCUGUUUUAGUGCCGUAAACUGCACAAACCACAAAUGUAAGGCAUGGAAAGAUUCUGUUCAUCACAAGCCAAAUGUGCAGUCUGUUAGCACACACAUUAAUCUGGUCACAGCUGUGGAUUUAGGUUGCAGUUUUGCACACUAACAUCGGUAAAAAAAAUAAUAAUAAAACGCCUGUUUUAUGUUUAAACAGCUCA